AUGGUCUUGUAUAUGUCUACGGCCAAGCAAAGGGUGGGAUCUAUCGAUAUAAUGGAGGUGUUCAGGCUUCACCAUCACUUUGGGCAAGUCAUUGCCUAUGGUCUAGAAUUCUUCAACUACAAGGUCCUUUUUCACCAGGAAUGGUCGAGAUCUAUUUUGAAGGCCAUCCCCCACACUGCCACUUUCAUCAAUGAAGGCCAGGAACUCUUGAUCAGCUUACUUAAUAUGGGCAAAAUAAUGACAUUGGCUGCAGACAGUAGUAAUACAGUUGCCACUAAGCCAGUGCAUUGGCCAAUUGGCAAUGCCACUUCGAAUAUGGCAGGGAACUUGAUUCUUGUACAGAAUAUGGCAUAUGGCUUUGAUUUAUAUAAGUUACCUGAGCUGAUCAAGACCUCUUCCAUCACAAUGAAAACUCACACUGGCAUUGUGACAGAUGUUAGGUUUGCAGAAAAUGGUUCUGUCGCUGUCGGUGGGAGUGAUGCAGGGAAAGUAGUAGUCAUGGAUUUGAAGCAGAGUGUGUUGAUACAAGAGCUUCCUCAUGGUCAAGACUGGGAAGCAAUACAGGCAGUCGAUACAUACUCUUAUUCAGACUGUUAUCUCAUUGCUAGUGCUGGCAGCACAGGUUCUCGUGAGCCUGUGAUUUGCAUAUGGGAGAAACCAACAAAGCUGGGGGUCAACCGAUGUAGGAACAGUCAGCAAAAGGUGCAAUUGUUACUGAUCAGCCUGUGUAUCCUGGUGUUUGUGUUCCUAAUCUACAAAUUGGCUUUGUGGCGAGAGAAGGUUAAUGGGGAACUGGAUGACUACCUAUAUACUUUGAUUGAAAAGGCCAUGGCGAAGGAAAUCGAAGAGAUGUACAGUGGCAGGAACUUGUGGGCCGAUAAAAGGGACUUGCAGAAAAGCAAUGAGAUGGUAAAGCAGGCGCAUAACCAAGUAGACAGAAUAAAAGUCACCAUGUAUAGGCAAGACAUCAAUUUGUAG